GUUUCACCCUCUCCGUCUGUCGUUUGACCAGCGGUCAAACGUUCACCGCACCGGUGUGAAGUUGCACACGAUUUGUAGUGCGAAGCGAAUCUAGUGUAUCGCGACGUGGUUACGAGGAAGCGUCGGACAAAGAAGGUUGUAUAAUCUCGGCGUGAGAACACGAGUAUUGAUGCUGAAGAAGCGUGCUUGAGAUAAAGCUUAAGGAAAUAACAUCAUAACAUUGAGCACAAAAGUGACGCAUAAUUAAAUAAGCAUGACGAACGACGAGGAAUCGCCAAGCGCAACACUUCUGGAAAGGUUGGCCCCCAGUGGGGAUCGCGAACAUGUUGCCUCUGCUACGACCGAUUAUGUAGACAGUCACAGACUUCGCAUCACGACUGAUAGCUUCUCCAAUAUUAAUGAAAGACCCGUCGACGAUAUCUCUAUUGAGUUCUUCUACAAACCACAUACCAUCACUCUGCUGCUCAUCUCCAUCGGCGCAGUCAUAUACUCAGCCUUCACCAGAAAUACCACCAAUGUAGAGGAAAAUAUGUGGGCGGGUAUGCUGUGCGUUAUGUUCUUCUUCCUCAUCGUAUCCGUCCUGACGUUUCCCAAUGGCCCAUUCAUUAGGCCUCAUCCAGUGGUGUGGCGGAUAGUGUUCGGUUGCAGCGUACUCUACCUUAUGGGUCUACUGUUCAUGUUAUUCCAAAACUAUGAGACAGUCAAGAGGAUCUUGAUAUGGGUAGAUCCUAGUCUCGCGUCUUUCCAUAUUGACAUGGACAAAGAAUACGGCGUUAACUGUUCAGACGUCACACUGGAAAAGAUCUGGAAUCAUCUGGACGUGUUCGCACUCGCCCAUUUCCUUGGCUGGGCCUUUAAAGCCAUCUUGAUCCGUCAUCUUGGCAUUUUAUGGGCUAUUAGUGUUAUGUGGGAGGUAACGGAAAUCGCCUUCGCUCAUCUGCUGCCGAACUUCGUUGAGUGUUGGUGGGAUGCGCUGAUUUUGGACGUUCUGGUGUGCAACGGAUUGGGUAUUUGGGUCGGCUUGAAGAUCUGUUCUAUUUUAGAAAUGAGAGAAUACAGAUGGGUUAGCAUCCGUGAUAUCGAGAGCACCACCGGCAAAUUAAAAAGAGCAAUGCUGCAGUUCACUCCUGGUAGUUGGACGUCAGUCAGGUGGUUAGACCCAACUUGCACUCACAUGCGACUGGUCGCAUUGUGUCAAUUGGUGAUAUUCUGGCAAGUUUCUGAGCUGAAUACAUUCUUCUUGAAACACGUCUACGAGUUCCCGCCGUCGCAUCCAUUCGUCGUGGCUAGACUAGUGUUGAUUGGCGUCAUAGUUGCGCCAUCAGUUAGACAGUAUUAUAUGUACGUGACUGAUUCGACGUGCAGUCGAGUGGGAACUCAGUGUUGGGUUUACGGAGCAAUCAUGGUGACUGAAGCUUUACUGUGUAUACGUCACGGUGCGGCCCUAUUCGAGCGUACUCAAGCCCUUAACAUCCUCCUGUGGCUGCUCUGCCAAUCAUUAGUCUCAGUACUUUGCGUAUACGGCUGUGUUUUGUGGCAUCAGUACCUAGAGACGGGAAAGAAAACCACUAUAAAACGGUCGGUGUCCCAUCUGGGUAAGUUUGGCACGGAAGUAACGUCUUGCAACGUGGAUAUGGCUCGCCGUACGAGAUCUGUGGAAGCACUGGAUAAGAAGGAUCUCUGAAAGGCAAACGAAAAAAACUACCGAAUUGAAGAAGACGAUG